AUGGCUUCGGGUAAUCCUGAUGGAAAUUUGGAACCAGUACCAAAUCAGCCUAGACAACCUCGCAAUUUACAGGGACUGCUUAGAUUUGCAAUGGAGGCUACAAAAGCUGAAGAUGCUCCAGGAAACAGUCAGCAUGGGCCAAUGGACGACGAAAGACGUCAGUUUUUAAUAGAUGCUAUGGCCAGCAUCACAAUCGAUUUGACUGAAGUACUAAAACACUCUAUUGAAGUGCUCACAAAUACAGAAAGGAUGCGCAGUAUACAGCUUGGUCAGGAGCUGCCAGCUGAAGUUCAGACAGCAUUCACUGUGCUAUUGGAUGUAAUUGAUGACAUGGAUGUUGCUAAUGACUUUUAUAAAAUGGGUGGGUUUGCUAUAUUUCCAAUAUGUUAUGGCAGCGAGAAUGAGACUGUACGAAUGCACGCCAGCUCAAUGCUGGCAGAAUCAUGUCAGAACAAUCCAUUUUGUCAAGGCAAAGCCCUUGAAUGUGGGUUCCUCAGUGUCUUGCUAUCUUUGGCUGAGAUUGAAAGAGGUGAUGCACUGGCUAAGUGUUUAUAUGCUAUAUCAUGUAGUUGUCGUGAGUUCGAACCAGCGUGUCGAGAAUUGAUAACACGUGGCGGCUGCGAGACUCUCGCGCAUUUGUUGCGCGCCCCUGAGUCCACAGUGAGGACCAAGGCAGCUUUCUUUAUAAGAUAUCUUUGCCACAAUUAUCCUGAAGCUAAAGAGCAAUUCAUAAAACACAACAUUGUUGGAACCAUAGCAGAGCAAAUUAAAAGCACCCACGACCAGACAACAGAACAUCUUCUCAGCGUUCUAGUGGCUCUCAUUGAAGGCUUGGACGCUACCUUGCUAAGACAGUUCAGAGACCCAAGUGUUGGGUUAAAAGAAAUUCUUGAAAACCACUUGAAACAUCCGGAUCUAGUUGAUGAUACAUAUUAUGAGGAGAAAGAGUAUUGCGACGUAUUGCUGUCCAAAGCUUUUCAGAACUGCCCAGAACCGGAAUAUGUUCAAGAAGUAGCAGACAGAUAG